AUGCGCACCCUCAUUGCAGAGGCCCAACUAGAAGUUGGACCUGACCACGAGGAUCCUAUGGACCACUUCGAUGAUUCAAUGUACGACGACAGUGGAGAUCAGCAUAACGAGGAUGAUGGAGAAGCUCUUGAUGUACCGCUUACCUCUCAAUUCCUCGCGACGGCUGCUCAGCAAAGUGAUUACUUCAUUCCUGAGGCUGCCGUUGAGCACUUCAAGGAUGACGUGAGAAAUCGCCCUGGUCAACGCUCUCCUCAUCAAAAUACCAGCUGCACCAAUAAUUGGACCGCAGCCAGAUCUGUUGAAGAGGCCAAGAUAUCCGUCUUCGAGCAAACAGGAAUUUUCAUCAUGGCAUGCCGCCAUGGCCUGGUGGAGUGCAUUGUAGAAAUGAAACAAAGUGGCGAACUCGCGAAGUACGGACUCGCUGCAGUUGAUCGGUUGCUGGAUAGCUGUGGGAGCCUUCAGGGUCUCGGUCAUGACAUUGGUUGCGCAUCACGCAAGACUAUUGCCGCCAGUUCCAUUGGGGCAAAGGCAGAGGAGUUGAAUCUCAUUGUCGCUGUCAAUGCCUUCCACGGGUACGCCCACAACCGCCGUCGCUUCUUGCACAACAAUUACGUGCAGGCGCUUCGGAUCAUCAACGAAUACACGCCGUUGCUUCAUGCAUUCAAGACCCGCACAUCUUUCUCAGAUGAAGAUUUUGUCAGAUGGAAGGCUGAAGAAUCUGAGUUUCUCACUAACUUGGCACUUGAGCCGCCAUUUGAUGCAUUUGCUGUUGCAUAUGUUGAGGAAUUGGAGAAACUUCGAUCCAUGGAGGCAAAGUAUGGGAGUGUCACGAGCGUCCCUUUUCUCACAUACACUCCGGCAAACUUUACGCAAUCGUCAGGCCUCGAUGCUACUACUCGCGACAGUUCUAGGGCUGUCGAAGCUGAACGCGCAUCAGCCUUACAACGACUCCAAUUGCAAAUGAACGUUGUUGACGACUUUGAGUGCCAUUACGGAAUCAACAAGCGCUGGGUAUCUUCUGACCCUCAGUAUAUUCAGGCACGUGAGUACUGUAGCCAGCGUCGCUUCACUCGGGCCGUCGAGCAAUUAGAAGGACUUGUCAUUCAACGUUUGUUUGAAUUAUCGAGGGCUAAUCUGUCUGGCACCGGAUACAAAAUGCGAAAGCAUAUUUCAAAAGCAAUCGCUCGAAGAUCUGGAGCUAUUCGGACCGCCCUCGAGAAGUAUAACACACUGGCACCAAUCCAAGUUCCGCCCCGACCAACUCUCGACUAUACGGAAGUUGUCGGGGAGAUGGCGGCUAAGUUCUUUAAAGUUUUGCAUUCACAUGAAGAGCUUAUGCGCUUGAACAUCGAAAUCAGUCGUCUCAGCGCUUGGGUUGACUUCGAAGAGAAGGAGAUACUAUCAGCCAUAGACGCCCUGAAUGCUGUGGACUCAGACUUGCUCGCUGCAGAGUUGCAGAUGCACUAUGUGCAACAGCACAGAUUGAACGAUGUGCACCGCGCCCGUCUACAUCGCACCAGCCAGCUAUCUGGUUAUACUGGACCACCCCUAUUUGCGCUCCUGGAAAGAGAAGAGACAGAUGAUGAAGGAGAUGACGAGGAUGAGGACGAGGGCAGCGAUGAACUCCUUGAUGAAGCCUCUAGGCUUGAAGACACCAUUUCGCGUAUUGUACUGCAGUAG